AUGGCCGGACUGGGCAACACAUACGGCGCCGCUCUUGUCGGCACAUGCAUCUCUGCUGUGCUUUAUGGCGUGACGAUUCUGCAAGUAUUCAUGUGUUUCCGAGAAUACCCUCAAGAUAAGUUCUGGGACAAGCUCGGCGUCUGUCUAUUAUUGAUCCUGGACUCGCUUCACACUACAUUCUGCAUAUAUGCGAUGUAUUGGUACCUCGUCAUCAAUUUCGGCGUCUUUCCUGAGCUUGCGAUGAUGCACUGGAGUUUCGAGGCGCAACAAAUGCUUAACGUGCUCGUGAUAUCAGGUGUGCACACGUAG